GCUGCGACUUUCGUCAUAUCCAUUGCGUAGGGAGAGAAGAGAUAAUGCUGAGAGCUUCGCUUCUCUGUUCUUCGACCUCAAUCACUUUCACACCAAUUCAACUGUUCAAUCCUAAUAAUUACCAUAGUUUCCAAAACUUCGAACUACCUCGUCCCGUCUCGGCUCUGUCUCCUACCAAAUGUCACUUCAGUCUAGUGAGAGCUCGUGGGAAAUCCAGCUUCCUCGUUCGUAGCACCGCUACUGAUGAAGCUGUUGAAACCAGUAGUAACAGUGAAUUGGAUUUGGUUGAGGUUGGAUUCUUGUCUGGUGUUCAUGGCUUACAAGGGGAGAUUUGCAUAAAACCAAACACUGAUUUUCCUGAUUUACGUUUCUCCAAGCCGGGUAGAAGAUGGUUAAAACAACAAUUGAUGGGACAAGAUAAGAUUGAUGAGGUUGAAUUAGUGGAAGGAAGACCUCAUCCGGCGCAGAAGAGUUGGAUUCUUAAGUUUCAAGGGUUGGACGAUGUUGAUCAGGUGAGACAACUUGUUGGUGCAACUCUGCUUGCUGAAGAAGAAGAUCGUCCUGAGCUUGACGAAGGAGAGUUUUACAGUCGUGAUCUUGUAGGCAUGAGAGUUCUUCUCAAGGAGACGGGUCAACUUGUUGGAACUGUUGCUAAUAUUUUCGACAAUGGAGGAAAUGAUCUUCUACACGUUAUGCUUGACCCUUCCUUGGAAGUCUGUAAUGGGAGUGCAAAGACCAAUCAGCUUGUGUGGAUACCAUUUGUAGACGCAAUUGUUCCUGAUGUUGAUUUAGAAAGAAAGGAGAUGUAUAUAACCCCCCCGAAGGGACUCCUUGAGGUGAAUAUGCGAGCAGAUGAUCGGUCCAAGAAAGAAAGGCGGCAGCUUGAAUGGAAAGAAAGAAAAAAGCAGCAGAAGCGUCUUAUUGCUGCUAAAAAGAAGUUAUGUGAACUGGAGCAAAAGCAUGUGUUUGAUGGAUUAAGGUUUGGAGAAAAGUCUCAAAGGAAUUUACUUGCUGAUAAUAUCCUUGACGUAAACUCCACACUACUUCAGAAAGCUUUGCAAAGUAUUGACACCGCGUCAAAGAGAUGGAAUGUAAUUGAGGAAAUCAAUGCGCUGAGAGGUAGAGUAUCGGAAUGUAAUCUGAAUGUGUCACGAGAAUGCCUUAGUUUUGAUCCAAGCAAAGAGAAAAUGGGUGACAGCUUCAGUUUCCUGCAACAAGGACAAAGUCUACUCUCUGAGGGUAAAGUUUCUAUUUGUUUGGUUGUCAAUGAUCUCAAGAACGAACAACCAGAAAGUGAGAAUGGUGUAGUCUCGUAUCUUCAUACACUACUUGAUGAGGAGCAGAAGUUCAUAAAGGAAGAAGAUCGCGCUUGCGUGCCACUUGUUAUAGUUUCCUCUGAACAUACCAUGGAAACUCUGCAGAAGCUAUUUCAGGAUAAUGAUCAUUUUGGAUUUGAGUCAGAAAAGAUCUGGUUUCUCAAGGAAGAAACGCUUCCAGUAGUAUGCAGCUUACCAGAGGAACCCAAAAAGCACAAAAUUUUGAUGAAAUCUCCAUGGGAGAUACUUAAGUCCCCGGUUGGCUCUGGUGGAGUCUUGAGCAUCCUUGCUUCACAUGGAAUUACAGACUCUCUUUCCACCCUGGGAAUCGAUUAUCUUCAGGUACACAGCAUUGAAAAAAAACCAAAACCUGCACAACUUUACAUCAAUCCGAUGCUCGUUGGAUUUGCUAGCGCAAAAGGUGCUGAGAUUGGGAUCCAGGUGACCGAAGAAUCUGAAGUUAAGAACCUCGAAAUGACAUUCUCAAUGAAGUUUCUGAAGAGAUUGAAAGGAAAAAUCGAGCUUGAAGCUGUUAUGAAGAUGAAUUCACAUGUUCAGAAGGUUGAAAAGGAGUGGGUGGAGUCAGUACCAUCAGCACCGAACUCGUUUGAGUUCCGUUCUGAUAUUUACAGAGUCUUGAGUGAAUGUUCUUCACCAGACAAGAUUUGUUUGAUGAACAUCACAGGUUAGAACAUCACAAGAUUUGUUUGAUGAACAUCACAUGUACAUUGUGCUACUUUAGAUUCUUGUCUAAAAAGAUGUUGGAAAGACAAGACACACCGGAACACAUUAUUCAACCAAGAGAGAACAUCAUUGUAGCAUUUGGCUAAACUAAA